UGUCUCCAUUCCACCUUCAAAGGCCAACCAAAAUCAAAGAGCAAAGAGCAAAAAAAAAAGACUAGGCAUUAAAAUCAUAGAAACAAAACAAUGGGUUCUUUGUCCGAAACUGUUUGCGUUACGGGAGCUGCAGGCUUCAUUGGUUCAUGGUUGGUCAUGAGACUCAUCGAGCGUGGUUACACAGUUAGAGCCACUGUUCGCGACCCAGAUAACAUGAAGAAAGUGAAACAUUUGUUGGAACUGCCGGGUGCAAAUAGCAAAUUGUCUCUUUGGAAGGCUGAUCUUGAUAAAGAGGGGAGUUUUGAUGAAGCAAUUAAAGGGUGCACAGGAGUUUUUCAUGUUGCUACACCAAUGGAUUUUGAAUCCAAGGACCCUGAGAAUGAAGUGAUCAAGCCUACCAUAAAUGGAGUCCUUGACAUCAUGAAAGCAUGCCUCAAGGCCAAAACUGUCCGUAGAUUGGUUUUCACAUCAUCGGCCGGAACCGUCAAUGUUACUGAAAAUCAAAAGUCCUCAUGGGACGAGAGUUGUUGGAGUGACGUUGAGUUUUGCCGGAGAGUAAAGAUGACUGGAUGGAUGUAUUUUGUUUCUAAGACACUUGCGGAGCAAGAAGCAUGGAAAUUUGCCAAAGAGCACAACAUGGACUUCAUCACAAUCAUUCCACCACUUGUUGUUGGUCCCUUUCUUAGUCCAUCUAUGCCACCUAGCCUAAUCACCGCCCUUUCCCCUAUCACCGGAAACGAGGGCCAUUAUUCGAUCAUAAAGCAAGGUCAAUUUGUCCAUUUGGAUGAUCUUUGUGAAGCCCACAUAUUCUUGUUUGAACAUUUGGAAGUAGAAGGGAGGUAUAUAUGUUGUGCAUGUGAAGCUAAUAUUCAUGACAUUGCAAAAUUGAUCAAUGCAAAGUAUCCAGAGUACAAUGUUCCCACAAAGUUCAAAAAUAUUCCUGAUCAAUUGGAGCUUGUUAGAUUUUCUUCAAAGAAGAUCAAAGACUUGGGAUUCGAGUUUAAAUAUGGCUUGGAGGAUAUGUACACCGAAGCAAUUGACACAUGCAGAGGAAAAGGAUUUCUUCCUAAAUUUGUUGAAGCUGCUCCUAAAUCUAUUGAAGCUCCUAAAUUUGUUGAAGCUCCCCUUGGAGUCACUACUCAUGAAUAAAUAGGAGCUUCUUUUGCCCUAAUUCUUAAAAUUCACCUUGUCAGAAUUUACCCUUAGAUGGAAAAGAACAUCGUUUUGUCCGAAAUAUUCAUCCAAACGCGAAAUAAACGAUGUUUUUCCUUAUCUAAGGAGUGUGAUAUUUAAGAAAGUAGUGAAGAAUAAAAGUAGAUCUUUAAAUAAAUAGACUUUGGGUCUUCAUGUGUGUGAUG